AUGAAUUCAAAUUUUUCAUAUGGAAAUGAGGACGAAAUAAAUAUAAUAGAAGAAAACUACCCCCAAGUAGUGAAAUUAAAACCACACAACAGUGUUGUAUAUGAUGAUAAAACAAAUAUAAAUAGUAAUAAUAAUUAUAAUUAUAAUUAUAUUAAUAAUGGUACUAACAUAAUUGAUAACAAUAACAUAAAUAAUAACUGUCACUCUAAUGUUAAUUAUAUAAAAAAUAAUGUUAAUAAUAACUAUUUACCUAAGCAUUAUUCUGGGAAUGAAGAAUUAAACGAUAAUAAUUGUAUGAAUAUAAAAUUUAACCAAAAUAUCCAACAUAAGAGAUGCCAUGAUUUUUAUAAUAAUAAAAAUUCCUUUCAACACUAUUUGAAAAAAUUAAAAACGUGUAGAAUUGAUGCUGAUGAACUGAGAAAUAUUUUAGAAAAGCGUUUUUCAUAUGAGCGUGAUAACCAUUUACAUAAAACAAUUCAAGAUGAUGAUAAAAAGGGAAUGGGAAGUGAAACAAACUCUUCUUCAUCUAAUCACGAAUCCUUACACCUAUAUAGAAAAGUUAAUUUUCGAAAUAAAAAUAAUAGGAGCAAAUCAAAAAAUAAAGGAAAAAAAAGAAAAAGAUUUAAUGCAAAGGUUGAUAAAAAAUUUAUUAUAAAAUGCAGAACUUGUAAAUUUGUUAAUCCAAAUGGUUUUAAAAUGGGAGAUUAUUAUGCGUGUCAAAAUUGUGGAUAUAAUGAUUUUUCAAUAAUUAGAUCAAUUUCACCAAAUAAUGGUGAAUGGGACGAUUAA